UAACGACAUUGUUGGCAAUUAAUGAGUAUUCUAGUGAGUUAUUUGCUAAAACCAGAAUCGUUCGUGAAAUGGCAGUUUUUGAAUUAUUUGACGAGGACCAAAAUUUGCUAUGUUCGCCGUGUCAGGCCGUGGUUAUUGUGGCUACCUAUGUAGCCUUAGUCACCAAAGUUGGACCGUAUUUUAUGAAAAAUAGACCAGCGUUUCAACUAAAAGAAAUUCUUCUCGUCUACAACUUCGUCCAAAUAGUCUUAAAUGCUCUCCUGUGUCUGCAGUUACUAAAAAUGCGACCGAAGGGUGGAUAUCUGUGUUUUCGACCACUUCAUAAAGAGGAUGAUGAUCUUGUUGACACUCUGGCAAUGCACUAUUACUACUACAUUCUUAAAAUAUUCGAUUUUAUGGAUACGGUCUUCAUGGUGCUUCGGAAAAAAAAUAAUCAGAUUAGUUUUUUGCAUACUUACCAUCAUAUUACCACGUUUGCGAUGGCGUGGUACGGUGGUGCGUACUACCCUGGUGGGCUCGCGUUUUAUGUCGGUGUAGGUAACACAUUUGUGCACUCUGUCAUGUACCUUUAUUAUCUUGUGUCCUCACUACAAUACAAGAGUGUACUUUGGUGGAAGAAAUAUAUUACAAUACUGCAGCUAGUACAGCAUUGGAUUCUGUUGUUCUUUGCCUUAGUUUCACUACUGAACCCACACUGUGAUUAUUCGAAGAUUCUUUCCGGUCUUGGUCUUUGUAAUAUGGUGGUUUUGAUUUACUUUUUUACUAAGUUUUACAUAGAUAAUUAUUUGUCUCACAAACACGAUUAGCAAUAAUAAACUAUGUAAGGUUACGUCUGUCGUAGUUAAAU